AUGGCGGUGAAUUUGAUAGACGACGUCAAUUCCAAAUUUUCUUAUAGUGCUGGUCUUGAUUUUGCAGGAACAUGCUUCAGCUUGGGGACGGAGGGAGUAAAUUUAACUCUGGUCCAAACAUUAACAAUAGUAAAGCUCAGUCCUAACGCUCAAUGCAUUAUAUAUCACAUAUCUCUUCUUUGCAUAUCACACAACAUAUCAUGGAAGCCAAAACAACAGUCUCCUCCUCAGCAUGAUGAGACACUGGUUUAUAACCAAGAAUGGCUUUCAUCCCUGCCAAAAGAGAAAGGCAUAAUUGUAGACUACACUUAUCAGUACCAAGGAUUCUGGUAUAGUCCUUUAGGUCUGCAAGGCCUGAUCGACUGUCAACAACAUUUUCGAGCCCGAAAAAACGAUGUCUUCCUUGUAACUGCACCCAAAUCUGGCACCACCUGGAUGAAAGCCAUUCUCUAUGCUUUAGUCAACCGCCAAAACCAUCCUCCUCACCAGGCUCAUCACCCUCUGCGGAAAAACACUCCUCAUCAGCUUGUCCCUUUUUUCGAAACCACCAAGCCAUCCGAAUACGACUCAUUAUUCGUAGACAGCAGUAGUAGGAUCUUUGGCUGCCAUUUUCCCAUAAUUAGCCUCCCCAAGUCCAUAACAGAGGCGGAUGCUGACGGAUCAGCUAACGUCAAGAUUGUGUAUUUGUGCAGGGACAUCAGGGACACGUUUUUAUCGCUCUUUCACUUCGCCAACAAUGCAAGUCUUCGACCUUCUCCCAUUUCUCUGGAAGAGACGUUCCAUUUUUUCUGCAGAGGCACGACGACGGGUGGGCCUAUUUGGGAACAAAUCUUGGGGUAUUGGAAGGAAAGCCUGGAAAGACCAGAUAAGGUGCUGUUUAUGAGGUAUGAAGAGUUGAAGUCUGAGCCUCGUGCUCAGAUCAGGCGCCUCGCGCAGUUUCUUGGGAAGCCCUUCUCACCCGAGGAAGAAAAUUCGGAAAUGAUUGAUGAUAUCUUGAGUUUGUGUAGUUUUGGUAACAUGAGCAAACUGCAGGUUAAUAACACGGGACAUUUGGUGCCUGGAUUAAGCAAUAGUUCAUUUUUUCGGAAUGGUCAAGUUGGAGAGGGGAACAAGUGCCUUACUGCAGAGAUGGCUGCUCAGUUGGAUCAGAUUACUGAGGAAAAGUUCCGUGGUUCAGGACUAGUUCUUUGAUAUCGAAUUCAAGUGUCUGUUGCUUUUAGUACUAUUUUUUCCUUGUUGGCUUGUUUGUGUGUCUUUGCGUUUUAAGUUGUACUCCUCCAUGCCAAGUAUUGUAUCUUAUCGUGGUUUAAAUAUAUUAAUAAGAAUUUAUGAAUUGUAAUAAUUUAUAGAUUUUUUUUAUAUGCUGAGGAUACUUCAUGUCC